UCAUCUGCUACUGUGACUGUGAGCAAUGAUGCUGUUCCUGUCCCUUCCUUCUCCUCUAUCCCCUAACUCUUCACCAUUUUCAUUUUCUCACAUUCGCAUUUCCUCUUCAUUGCUCCCAAACCACAACAACAACAACAACAAUAAUGAUCACCAACCCAAUUCGCUUUCAAUUCCCAAGGUUCAUUCUGAUGGCAAUGUUGCCAUCAAAGCCCCCACACCUCCAUGGAUGACGGGUCCUCUUCUUCUCCAACCCCAUGACCUUCUUCACUUCUCCAACCCCAAGAGAUUCAACAAGGGCCUUGAUAAGCUAGAAAAACACGAACACGAACCUACUGAUAACGAUAAAGCUUUGACUGCUAAAGUGGUCAGAGGGAAGAAGGUCAUGAAGAAAAUUGUUCAAAGAGUUGAAAAUCUUCACAGGACCCAGAAUUCAGCUGAGACUCAAAUGGGUUCUGCUAAAGUUGAAAACUUUGGGGUAUGUUUGGAAAGUUUGAAGGAAAAUGAGGAGGUUAGAAGUAGGGAGAGAAUGCCGUGGGAGAAGGAUGAGAGUGUUGUUCCUCUGAGAAUGAAAAAGGAAAAGGCUUUAACAGCUGCGGAUUUGACUCUUGAUAAGGAGCUGCUGACAAGGUUGAGGGAUGAGGCUGCAACAAUGAGAAUUUGGGUCAAGGUUAAGAAAGCUGGUGUUACACAAGCUGUUGUGGAUGAAAUUAAACGGACUUGGAGGAGAAAUGAACUUGCCAUGGUUAAAUUUGAUAUCCCUUUAUGCCUGAAUAUGGAUAGAGCUCGAGAAAUUGUUGAGACAAAGACUGGAGGCUUGGUUGUCUGGAGUAAGAAGGAUGCUCUUGUGGUUUACCGAGGAUGCAAUCAUCAGUUGACCUCUAAAGGUUCUCCAAAUAUUUAUACUGGCUAUAUUCAUAGUCAAAGAAAAAAUCCUUAUGAAAUGAAUUGGGUGGAGUCAGCUACCAAAGGAGAUGGUUACUGGGUUAAAUUCAACCGCAGUACAAGUGAGAUGCUGAGCUGGAAUGCGGAUCAUAAGGAUUCUAUAUCAAUUGGCAUCCAAGAUAUGAGUAGCCAACCAGUCAGCGGAUCAUUGUAUGAGAGGGAAACUGAUAGAUUAUUGCAUGGCUUAGGACCUCGGUUCAUUGAUUGGUGGAUGCACAAGCCACUUCCAGUAGAUGCUGACUUACUUCCAGAAGUGGUUCCUGGAUUUAAGCCUCCAUUUAGGCUUUGUCCACCUCAUGCUAGUGCAAAACUAACUGAUAAAUGGCUAACGUACUUGAGGAGGCUUGCUAAACCUUUACCAACUCAUUUUGUCCUUGGAAGGAACAAAGGACUUAAGGGCUUAGCUGCUGCUAUCUUAAAGUUGUGGGAGAAGAGUCUUAUAGCAAAAAUUGCUAUCAAGUAUGGAGUUCCAAAUACUAACAAUGAAAUGAUGGCCAAUGAACUGAAGUGUCUCACUGGAGGAGUUCUGUUGUUGCGCAACAAGUUUUACAUAGUACUCUAUAGGGGAAAUGAUUUCCUUCCAAGAAGAGUUGCUGCUUUGGUAGAAAAGAGAGAAUUGGAGCAUAGAAGUUGCCAACUUCAUGAAGAAGUUGCACGGACGAGAACAAUUGAAGCCUUUCCUUCUGUUGAUGAUUCACCGGAAGACACUAGUACUAGUGGAACUUUAACAGAAUUUAGGAAAAUCCAAACAAAGCUUGAGGAAAUAAAAGAAGUCAAUGUAGAUUCAAACAUUCAACUGGAGGCUGAAAUAUAUAGACUGGAGAGGGAAUUGAAAGAGGAACAGCGCAAAGCUUUCAUUCUUAACAAGAAAAUAGAGAUAUCAGCAGGGAAAUUAUCAAAAUUAAAUGCUGCAUGGACACCUGCUGAGCAUGAGACAGACCUGGAAAUAAUGACAGAUGAGGAGAGAGAAUGUUUCCGAAAGAUAGGAUUGAAGAUGAGAAGUUGCUUAGUGCUUGGCAGGCGUGGAGUCUUUGAUGGUGUAUUGGAAGGCUUACAUCAACAUUGGAAACACAGAGAAGUAGUGAAGGUCAUUACGAUGCAGAGACGAUUCAGUCAGGUCAUCCACACUGCAAAAUUUCUGGAGGCAGAGAGUGGUGGAGUUAUAGUUUCGGUUGAUAAACUAAAAGAGGGCCAUGCUAUUAUUAUUUACCGUGGAAAAAACUAUAGGCGACCUUCAAACAAAAUAUCAAAAAAUCUCCUGACCAAAAGAAAAGCAUUGCGUAGAUCUCUUGAAAUGCAAAGAAUUGGAUCACUGAAGUUUUUUGCUCAUCAGAGACAGCAGACAAUAUCUGAUUUGAAGCUGAAACUGGCAAGCUUGCAGCAGAGAAAGGAAGUUGAGCUGAGAGAAUUUGAAAAUUAAUGCAUGCAUGUCUAAGACAUGUAUCAUGCUGCAACUGCUUUUAUGUUGUCUGCUCAUUGACCCGUAGACAAGAUAUGACAUAUGAGAAAUUCAACAGGCAUCGGCAAGCAAAAUAUACAUAUUUUUCGGGUAAGAUUUUCACAUAUAUUUAUUGUAUAAAAUUUCUUGUGUGAGCUCAGUUGUCCAAAUGAUUAUUUACUUCCUAUACCAGAAAAUUAAUCACAUGUCAACCAUUGACUAUGACUUUUUUCAUGAGCUUAUUAUUAAAGGAGGUGAGGGAAAUUAAUACUUGUAGUUCCUAUUCUUCACUUUCUGGAUCAAAAGAUACGCUGACCAUAGGUCCUCAAGAAGGAAAAGUUUUAUGCCGUUUGAUCUCCUAUCAAUCCUAUUUAAAACAUCAAAACAAGGGUGAGGAACCUUGACCUGCUUCAUUAAUCAUGGCUUUUGUCUAGAAUUUGCCGGUGCCUUGUUUGAUGUCCUUUCACACCAUAUGCCGGUACAGUAGUAACUCUAUCAAGCUGUACACUUGAUCUUCCCUCCUCUUUCUCCUUUUACAGGAAAAAGAUUUUUGAAAACUUUUAUGUUCACCGUGGAUCUACUUUUGAUUUUUGAUUUUUGAAACUGA